UGAAAAGCGAGCUAGUUUUGAAAUUCGUAGGGACGCGCGCUCUGGUUGACUUUCUGUGCUCCAUAGUAUCUCUUUUAUAUAGUCGUUACAAAUGGAGAGUCAGGCUUUAUCGGCAGAGUUCCCGACUGACCCUGAUUCAACGUCUGUGAGGGUCGCCGUGAGGAUUCGGCCUCAAAGCGCUAAAGAAAAGGCUGAAAUGAACCACAUUUGUACAACAGUUAUUCCCAACAACGCACAAAUUGUUAUUGGGAAAGACGCUACUUUUACAUAUGAUCAUGUUUUUAAUAUAAACACACCUCAGGACUGCGUUUUCCAAACUUUGGCCAAACCUUUAGUUGAUGGGUUUGUUACUGUAUACUAACUUACCUCUUAGUUGUAUGGAUGGAUAUAACGCCACUAUAAUAGCAUACGGUCAAACGGGCUCCGGAAAAACUUAUACAAUGGGUACGGGUUUUGAUAUUGGCUGCAGUCAUGCAGACGUUGGGCUUAUUCCGCGCGCUGUGCAGUACCUGUUUGCAUGUAUAACGAAACGUCGGGCUGAGGCAGCGACAAAGAAAGAACCCGUUCCCGAAUUCAAAGUUGUUGCACAAUUUUUAGAGGUAUGUUUCGCCAAAUAUGCCAUAUAGACCUUGUAUUCAUGAAACGUUUUAGGUAAGUCGCAGUUACUAUUGUUUCUCUGUUAGUUAGACAUUCGAGCGUAGAUGUUAGCAGGACUAUACUCACAACUACCUGCUGAUGUGAAGGCAUUCAGUACAAGAGAUGUUAUCAGUCAACUUUCUUAGGUAUAGUAGAUCUUAUAUCUCUUACAGUAGUUUCAUUGAAUAGUUGUAUGCUUCCGAAAUCCUGAUUAUUAACCAUUCAUAUACUGUGAUAAUGGCCAUAGCCGUAAACUAAACCUAACUGAAUUCCUCGAAAACUGUUGUAAGAAUGACGAUUGGAAUGACACUCAAUUAUUUGUGAAAGACUGAAUUUAGAAUUAAGCUAUGUGAUGGUAGCGACAGCCCUCCGCAGAGACAAGUAGAUUUGGACAACCUGGUAAUGCCUCACUUAUGGGGGUUUCUCACUAUCUGUAUCUAAGUGCACUUUACAAUGAGGAGUUGGUUGACCUACUUGAUUCUGAAAGGGUUCGGAAACCUCACUUACGUCUACAUGAAAAUGCACAAGGUGAUAUUUAUUUGACUGGUGUAUCUACAAGACUCGUAUCAAGUUUAGAUGACACUCUUAAGUGUCUUCAUGAUGGCACGUUAGUUAGAAGUACAGCCAGCACCAACAUGAAUGCUCAGUCUUCGCGUUCACAUGCUAUAUUCACGCUGCACAUCAGACAGCAAAAGUUGUUGAAGUAUGAAAAUUCUAAUGAACAGAAAAAAUCGGAUACCCAAUCUGGUGUGGAUGUAGACCCUGACUCAACUGUUGUCGACCAGGUACCGGAAUACGAAACACUGACUGCGAAGUUUCACUUCGUUGACCUUGCUGGUAGCGAACGUCUCAAACGAACUGGUGCUACAGGAGACCGUGCAAAGGAGGGCAUAUCAAUUAACCGUGGUUUACUUGCCCUCGGUAAUGUUAUAUCUGCUUUGGGUGACAAAUCAAAGCGAGGUUGUCACGUACCUUAUCGUGACUCUAAACUCACACGUCUACUGCAAGAUUCCCUUGGUGGUAAUUCUCGCACAAUUAUGAUUGCCUGUAUAAGUCCAUCCGACUGCGAUUUCUUGGAAACUUUGAACACUCUUAAAUAUGCUAAUCGUGCACGUAAUAUUCGCAACCGUGUCAUUAUGAACCAAGAUAAAACAAGUAAACAGUUAGCUACAUUGCGCGCUCAGUUGGCUGCUUUAGAGGAAGAAUUAAAUGAAUAUAGACAGGGUAAACGGCUUGCAACAUCUAAUGGUACGGAAAGUUCGAGCGAUUUAUCUCGUGAAAUGGUCAUGUUACAAUCUGAAAAUAACAAACUUCGACUUCGUGUUAAAGCACUAGCUGUUACAGUAGAUGCUUUAAAAGUGCGAAAUGCCCAGCUUCUUGCUGAUCAGGAAACAUGCUCUUGGGCAACUUUAAAAUCCCGUAUGAUGGGAGUAGGGCGACAUGAUAAAUCUGAUGAUCAGAACAGCAAAGCAGAGCCUGAUAAAUCAUAUCUUGGUCUCAUAUCUGCCGAUGCAGAAGAUUUUCGACAUCUUGUUGAAAAGUAUACUGUUGAAGUCGAAGAGUUACGCACCAAAUUGGCUGAAGCUGAAGCACUAGUCGAAUUCAGUCAGCGACCGUAUACACAUACUUCAUCACAAGUUGGUCGUUUAUCAGGACGCCCACUUACAGCUAAUUCAAGUAGCUCGAAAAUUGAUUCAACCUUUUCAUCUACUCGAGUCGCUUUGACCAACGGGGAAUUCCCAGAUCUCGAUUCUAGCCUGUUAUCCGCUGCAGAAGCAGGAUUGUCUGCAGCAAAUAAAUUCUUCGAUAAUGAUGAAUUAACGGUGGACGCCAAUGCAUUUGAAUGUUAUCCUCUCAGAAUUCGUAAAAGUCGACGGAAAAAGAGACACAUUAACAGUUCUCAAAGUGAAGAACGUAAACCUCUCAAGUCAAAAAUGACUAAUGUUGCUGCUUUUUCUGACAUUGAAAAUUCCAAAAGUAGUAAUUCUCGGAGGAGAGGACGGCGGACCUUGUUAUCUAAUGAUACAGACAGCACAGCAAUUGAGGGACUCUGUGAUGAAGAUCGAGAGAAUGAGAAUGAUAGUGAAAAUGUUGAAGAUGAAACUCUUUUGGGUAAUGAUGCAACAGAAUUAAGUGAUUCAUGUUCGGAUAGUGAUUCAAAAGAUUCUAUCGAUGAAAAUAUCUUGAUGGGAAGUAUGAGUGAUCAUACUAGCGAUAAACCGCAAUGUGGGUUGAAAGAAGCUCGACUGCAUCAGAGUUUAGCCCAUGUAUCCUCUGAGAUUGACACUAAGCAAAGGUUAAUUGCUGAGCUGCAGUCUAAGGCUGCCGAACUCAAUCAUUUGAAAAAUCACUAUGAACGUCAAAUGGCAAGUCUUCUGUUUCGGAUAAAAGAGACGGAACGUGAAAGAGAUUCAAUAAUUGCUAAUCUCGGUCAAAUAGAGCACAGUGGCGAAGAGAGGUUAAAACGUACUCGAGAAGAGUUUGAAAAGAAAUUAUCCAUAUUACAAGAAGAAGUUUCACAACUUCAUUUGUCCCGCCAAGAACAAAUUCGUCUGGAACGACAGCAGUCUAAGAAAAAUGAAGAGUUACGUCUUUUACGACAAGAACUCGAACAACUGCGAAAAUACAAAAUCGAUCUAACUAAACGUCUAAGAGAAGAAACCCAGCGUACUCGUCACUUAGAAGCUUUGUCGGCCAAACGUGUUAUGGAGUUGAAAAAAGCCAAAUCACAAGCUGAUAAUCAAAUAAAGACACUAGAAGCAGCUCAUUCAGCUAAAGACCGUGCUUUGCAACAGAAACAAGCUGAGUUAGAUGUUCUUAGGCGGAAGAAUAUUGAACAGCAAAGACAAUUGUCCUCUUCUUUCAGUGGUCGUAUGUCUCAGAGUGUAUUAGGAAUGACAAGCACCGGUUGGGGUUCACUACGGAAACCAAUCGGUCGAUCAUCAUUAAGUAAUUCAAUGUACGGUCGACAUCGUAUAUUCGGGACAGCUAAAGCUAAGUGGACACUGGUCUCUCAGGAACUGGAUGCCAGUGUUGAACGACAUCAAAAGUCAGCACGCUUAGAACAUGAUCUGCAAACAUGGCUUCGUGAGCGUGAGUGUUUAGGGCGUCGAUUGAAAUGUUUGCAGCGUCGCAGAGCUCGUAUUGAAGAAAAUGCCACGAAUGAUUCAGGACAAAUGGAGAAUUCAUCUAACUUGGCUGAAUUUAAUGAACAGAUAAGAAAUGUUACGGCUCAACUCGAAUCAGUUCAGGACUCUAUACAGGAAUGUCAGGCUAGCAUCAUUGAAUUUGAGAAAUGUGAAUCUAACACAUCAAAACUCACUGGUAAUAAACAGGUUAAAUCUCAAGAUUCAAGACAGAAUUUGUCUUCGUGUAGCAAUAAUCAAUCAAAUAAUGUGCAUGCGGUAUUCUCAAGUUGCACCUUAAGUGAAGCACGUUUUCUUCUUACUCAGCUUUUUGAAGCUGCUGUUUCUCGUGGCUUGCUAGCUGCCCGACUGCAACAGAGGGAAAUCCAGUUACAAGCCAGUUUAUCGAUGAAGGAACAGGAACGAGAGCAAGAAUUAGAACUUAUUAAGCUGGCUAUGCAAAAUGCUGGAAUAUCACCUGAUUGUAUGGGAACAGUGUUUUCUAUUAAUGAACCUCCAUUUCGAAAGCCUUUUUGUCCACAUAAUGGAAAAUCAAACAUUACUGGUUAUGAAUGUUGUCCAUAUACUCUUUCAUCUGCACCGAUUUCAUCAGAAGACUCCUCUGAUGAAUUACAGAAUGAAGACAAUCAAAUCCAGACGUAUUCUAACAUUUUAAGUAACCAAAAUAGGUUUCCAAUGUCCAGUUCUAUGUAUGCGAAUAUGGAACCAUCUAAAUAUGAUGCACAAGAGGCAUCUGGUGGUUAUGGUGCUUUGGCGCUAGUAUAAACGGAAGUGAUGCUGGUAACAAGGCUCUUAAAACAAAACGGCGUUUAGUGCAAGGUGAAGAAACAGCUGGUGUUUCUUCAAGUUCUUUCAUUCAAACUUCACAGUCAGUUUGCGAUGUUAUGCCACCUCCAAGUUCUACUCUUCGGCGCCCUCGAACUGUUCUAAA